AUGGCAACACAAGUCCCCAGUGAUGGAGCCGAACCUUCCGCAGCCAUGGUCACUCCAGUUCCUGACUUACAAGUGCAUGAAGCAGCUGCGCAUGCACAAUCCGAGAAGCUGCCUACCCCGGAAGAUGUGGCCGGGUGUGACGAAAUCUGCCAAAGACUUAUGUUUUUGUUAGAAGAUUGGAAAAUAGCUGACAGAGUGCCAUCGGGAGGUCCGAUGAAUCCUCCAAGUAUACCUACAAUUAGUAUGGCUGCUGAUGAAGAAGGUAGUUUGAGUGUUGAAAAAAAAGAAGUGGAAGGUAAAGGCUGUAGACAGAAGCGCCCGGCCCAGACAUUAUUAAGUCCAUUUACUGAUCCUUUGAGGAAGAAGAGGACAAUGAGUGUGUCGGAUGCGACUGCAACCCCGCCAUGUUUUGAUCCAUCAAAACCGCUGCCCAUUGAAGAUGUGAAGGCAGUAAUAGAUUUUUGCACUGCCUGGAAAAACGAUAUCAGUGUGCAGGUGCAGCUUGAAGCAUUUUCAGUGGGCGCUGAUUUUUUCUACAAACUCAUCGAUGAAACGGCAUGGAUUAGCUCAAGGCACCUGGAAAUGGCAACCUUUCUUAUCCGGAAACGGCAACUCUCUCAUCCGUUGCUAUUUGGAACCGACUGGACAACGGCAGAUUAUGCCUUGCAGCAAUUUCUAGAGCCGUUAAAAGCGACUGGCAAGACACGUGGAUCGAAGAAGGCAGCAGCUUCAAACACCAGUGACCUUCCAGCCAACAAGCUGAAGAAUGUACAUCACUUUGUGCACGGUACGUGGCAACACGGGUAUGCCCAAGCUUGGAAAAAAGUCCGCAAAGUGUAUUUUCCAUAUAAUCUUCGAGAGUCCCAUUGGGUUGCAAUCGAAAUUGAUUUCGUCCGACAUACUGCAACUGUGUAUGACUCAUAUGUUGAUUAUACCAAAUCUUCGAAGCUGGUUACACUUCUGCAACCUGUUAGCGAUACGCUUGCACGAGUGCUGUACAAUAUGAAGUUUUAUGAAGAUUCUGAGGUUGAAGAGGUGAAGCAAAAGGGGCUGCAGAUGUCGAGGUUUACGCCUUUCUCAGUUUGCAUCAUUGGAGGUGUGCCACAACAACGAGAUGGUUGUAAUUUCCCAACUUAUUGGCCUCAGUACGUCUUGCGGAAUCAUGACCGUUCAAUUCAUCGAGCAUCUCAGUGCUGGGCUUUCGGUGCAUAA